AUUUAGUGUGGAUCUAAUAUAUCCACUCAAGAUACUUGUUGAAGACAGUGACACAAGAUCAACAGCUCUUAAACAGAUUCCUGAUAUAUCCUCCAACUAAAGAACAACCCAGAAGUCUGGUUAACAGACUGUUUCAACAUUAAAUUCAAACAGAAACAAUUGAAGACUCUGAUUGAAGUUUAAGGGCAGUCCCUCAUGUGACAACAUGGGUAGUCUGACUCAUCAGCUGUUGUCAGUUACACUUAUUCUAAUUGCUGUUGAACUCAUCAGCAGUUACAGCUUCAAAAACUGCAUUGAAGACCAGUGGUCACAUGGAAAAAGUUUCAAAUGCAUUCAUCGAAAGGAAAAAAACAUGUCGGCCUUUGUGGCCGACCUGCCGCAGUCUGCAAUCAACCUCACCAUCUGUGAUAAUCCUCUGACGGAAGUUCCUGACCAGAGCUUUGUUCGUCUAGCAAAACUUCAGCACCUCAGGAUGGAUAAUAAUAGUUUGAGCAGUAUUCAGCAAUUUGCUUUCCAGGGCUUGCAUCUUCUCAAGACUCUCAACUUGUCCUGUAACAACAUAUCAGAGCUCCACCCUUCUCUGUUUCAGGAUCUUCACAGCCUCACCUUUCUCUUGCUGACCAACAACAGAUUAAAGCAGCUCCCUGAGGGUAUUUUCUCCACACUUGGCAAUCUCUCAACUUUAAACAUGAAGCAAAACGCUUUAACCCAGUUCUCAAGGAUUGCACAGUCUGUGUCAAAUCUAAGUCAUCUGACGUCGUUAGAUCUUUGCUCUAACAAUUUGACCUCUCUCAACCACUCAAAUGUGUCUCUGCCUAGAUCCCUCACCACGCUAUAUUUGAGUAAAAAUAAUUUGUCCACAUUAGGAUGUGAACAUUCAUUCCUUGGGUUCAUCCAGCUGUUAGAUUUGUCCUACAAUCCUAGGCUCUCCACCAUGGCUUUUAAAGGAGUGAAUCUGAGCUAUGUAAACUAUCUGCGUUUGCGUUCAACAAAUGUCAGUGUACUGGAGUUUUUAAACAUUAGCAAUGUCAAUGCCGGUCACAUUGACUUCUCAGGCACACAUCUAAGAAACGACAACUCGCUAGUGAAGCUGUGUGUAUUACUAAAGAAGAGGAUGAAUUGGAUUAAAAACAUGAACCUGGCUAGUAAUGAGAUUAAAUCUCUAAAAGAUUCCACUCUCCAGUAUUGCCCUAAUAUCACAGGAGCACUGGAUCUAUCCCGCAAUGAAAUGAAAACAACAAGCUGUCUUGACUUUCUGAACCAACACACACAUUUGAAAAUGUUCAACGCAGAGCAUAACCAUUUAACUUCUCUCCCAUCCUGUAAGACACAGAAAAGGGUUAUUUUUCCAAAUGUGGAAGAUGUAAGCUACCGUUAUAACCGCAUCAUUUCUGUCAAUUCUUAUGCUUUCUAUACCACACCAAAUAUCAAGACCUUAAAACUUAAUAUAAAUAAAAUUGUGUAUCUGAAUCUUACAGCUCUCAAAGGGCUAAAAAAGCUUGAGACCCUCCGUUUGGACAAUAAUUUCUUAACUGAGUUAUUUAAAAGAACAUUUGAGGAUCAGAUCAAGCUUAAAACCCUUAACUUACGUAAUAAUCGUAUUGAUGUCAUUUUUACAGAGGCCUUCCACCAUCUGAAGAGUCUGGUUAUCUUGGACCUUGGAGGUAAUAAGAUCACUCAUAUUAAGCCAUAUGGUCUUAAAGGGCUGACAAGUCUGUCCAAAUUCUAUCUAGAUGGAAACAGACUAAAGAAUAUCGACACUUCCCUUUAUCGGGAUUUCCAAGGCACGCUAACAACACUGGAUUUACAGGGUAAUCAGAUUCGCUUCCUCAAAGAGCACACAAGCUCACCAUUUAUGAAUCUCAGCAGACUCAGUGAUCUGAAACUGGACGGGCAGCAGCCUUAUGGCCUCACUGUUAUACCCUGGAAAUUUUUCCGUGGCCUCAGCUCACUGGAAUCCCUGUAUCUCACCAACAAUAAAAUCCACCAGCUCCCUCCUGAUGUCUUUGAUGAUCUAAAAAGCUUAAAGUUUCUCACUUUGGAUAACUGCUGUGUAGGGGUGACACACCUACAGCCAGGACUCUUUAAAAAUCUGAAAAAUUUGACCACGCUGAUUGCAGAAAGUAUGGUCAUUCAGAACUUCUCAAAAGAAGUUUUUGGAAAUCUGACACAGUUGCACAAGCUGCAGCUCAACCGCAAUGGGAUGCAGAGCAUUUCUGUAGAUGCAUUAGAAAGUAUGCCUAAACUUAGUUACCUUGACAUUAGAGAUGUUCCCUUAACCUGCACCUGCACAAACAGCUUGUUGCAAAAUUGGACACUCAAUACGCCAAAAGUCCAGGUUGUUUAUCUCUUCAAUCUGCCAUGCCAACAUGAUCAAAAACACAGUUUCCACAACUUUGAUACCAAAGUUUGUUACAUAGAUCUUGGAGAGUACUUGUUCUUAAGCACAGCAGCUGUGAUCUUUCUGUUCGUAGUCACUCCUUUACUAUAUGUUAAUCUUUACUGGAAACUGAAGUACAGCUACUAUGUGUUUCAGUCCUGGUUUGGUGAGCAGUGGCGCAGAAUCAGAGACGAAGAGGAAAACUGUAAAUAUGACGCAUUUAUUUCCUAUAACUCUUCUGAUGAACAAUGGGUCAUGGACCAGUUGCUGCCUAACCUGGAGGGAAAUAGAUCAUCUUUUAAACUUUGUCUUCAUCACAGGGACUUUGAGCUUGGCCGGGACAUUGUGGAUAAUAUUGUCUCUGCAGUUUAUGGCAGCCGCAAGACUAUUUGUGUGGUAAGCAGGAAUUUCCUCAGGAGUGAGUGGUGUUCUCUGGAAAUCCAACUGGCCAGCUACCGGCUCUUCGAUGAGCACCGGGAUGUUCUCCUGCUUGUGUUUCUGGAGCCAAUCGCUGAGAGGCUGCUGUCGUCCUAUCACCGCAUGAGGAAAAUCAUGUUGAAAAAGACUUAUCUCCAGUGGCCCAGCUCAGAUUGCACAGACCCCACAAAGGCCCAAGAACUGUUUUGGAAUCAGCUUCGUAGGGCGAUGAGAACGGGGAGCAGAGUCGAAAUGGAAGAAAAUGACGAGAGACAUAGUUGUGUGACUCCUGGAAGCAUAGAAACUGAAGGUUCUGAGACUCAAAUUUCAGAUGAAAACUAUUAUUUGCAACCUUAAAAUUAUUUAAGACAAACCUCUCAGUACAGUCCAUCAAACUGUGGAUGAAAUUAUCUGCUAGAGGGAGAGGGUCAAGAAACAUUUAUGGGAAUGUGAAUGUAUUGUGUUGUUCUCUGUUGGACAAAAAAAAGAAGAUAUAUAUCCCUUUGAAUCAUUCAGAAAUAUUAUGCAGUAUUUUGUGUUCAAUUUAAGCUUAUAUACUACCUAAUGAGGCAUGACUGUGUUGCAAAAUUGUACACAUUUGUUUUAUUGCAUUUAAAUGAAGCCCACUUACACAACAAAAUGUCAAAUAAUCCUGUUCUCUGAAUAACUUCCCAUUAUGGCAGCUGACUGAACAAACAUGUUCAUUUACACUUUUAUAAAUGAAAAAAAGCUACAAGGAUGUAAACAAUUCA